AUGCAGUUUAGAGAACGCUCCGAAGAGAGAAAGGAUGAUAUUAAAAGGCUGGAUAUCCCCUCAGCGAUAUCCCAGGAAAUUUUGGAGUCGGUGGUGGUUCUGGGUGCAGAUUUACGGUCUGUAUCCAAAUCCACCGGGAAAAACACCACUAAAGAACACCUCCAGAUUUGGGAAGAAAACACCAAUACCGCCAGAUCCACUAUCACUGAAAUUUCCACUGUAUCCACUAGUGUCAGCUCCAGCAAUGAUACUCGUACCUCCAGAAAUACCAAUGAUACUGGUAUCACUACUGGGAAGUUGGAGACCCCAUUCGAUUUCAACAAAGAAAACGAACCUUCUUCCGUUAGAGGAAAACCCUCCGCUUGCGUUUUUGUCGCCAGCUUGUGUUCUACCAAAUCAGACGAUGUGUUGGGUGCAGCUGUAUCCAACCAUUUUCUGAAGUAUGGCCAAGUGACAAAUAUCAAGGUGUUGAGAGAUGUACGCAAUCGCCCAUAUGCGUUUGUUCAGUAUCGGACUGAUGAAGAUUGCCACCGGGCGAUCGCAAAUGGUCAUAACAGCCUUUUGCACGGACGUAAAUUACGCUGUGAAGCUGCUAAAGUGAACCGAACUCUUUUCAUUGAUCUUCUGACUCCAAGAAGUCAGUCUGAGGUCCGGAAAGUUAUCAAGGGAUUGGGUGAAACAGAACAGAUGUUGGCAGCCGAUAAGCAUGGUGUACCUUUACAAUUUGAAACGUUUUCACAGUUUUGGUUCAUCAAAUUUGUGUACCGAGAUGAUGCCAUCAGAGCAUUCGCCAGUUUGUCUUGUGAGCGGUACUACCACAUCGAAUGGGCUCAAAACAUCGAAGAGAAGGCUUUUGGAAAAAGAGAUAGACCUGGUAAGACACCAGUCCCAUUAAUGGGAUUUGACAAGUAUUCGGUUUUUGUUAGUCAUUUGGGUAACGAUGUGGCUGCAGCUGAUUUAAGGGAACGGUUCAGUCGUCAUGGCAGUAUCACCAACGUGCAGUUCAUUUCAAGGCAGUCCAAGCUUAAUGGCAGCAGUUUUGCGUUCAUCACUUACGAAGAAGAAGUUGGAGCUGCAAGAGCAGUGGAAAUUGAAAAUCACUCGAUGUUGAAGGACAAGAAUAUCCAUGUGCAAUACAAAGAGAUUCACCACAAGCACAACAACAGCCAUAAUAAAAAUCCACUCGGGGUUCAGUUAGCUCCACCUCCAAUUAAUAUGUUGAAGAGGGUCAAACCUUUUCAUACUCAAGGAGGACCCAAAAACUUCAACAUGUACAAGGAACCCAAAGGUGACUCCGUAACUAGAGGCGUAGAAAACAGCCACUACUAUUAUGUUUACAAUAACGAAGCACCCAGGUUCUUUCCCAGUACCGGCCCUAACCAUGUCCUCAAUAAAAACCAAAACUUGAACCCUGACUUGGAUACUGACACCAGUUCCAGUUCUACCUCCAGCAGAACCUCUGAGUCAAUUAGAAACAACACAGAUCCUGCCUUGUACAGCUACUACUAUUAUCCCUAUUAG